CGUCCUGAAACGGCGACGCGUCCUGAAACAUGCGCCAUGCCGGACGGGCGGUGGCCCUCGUCGCCGCAGCGGCAAGCUCCGUCUCCCAUUUCAGGCACCAGCAUGCAGAGGUCGAGAACGUGGUGAAGGAGAUCGCCGCAAAGGUGGCGUCCGAAGGUCCCUGCGCGGAUGCGUCCGGAGGCGACCUGGUGAAGUGCUGUGCCGCCGAGGCCAUUGGUUGUUGGCCCCAUGGGAACCGCACUGCCAGUAUCGAGGCUUGCUGCCAAAAGCUCGCGACAGCCCUGAUCUAUCAGACGGAGACCUUUAAGAAGGAGCAAAACUUUCUGACAGCUGCAGCCCUCGCCCUGUGGCUAAGGCGUAACUUCAAGCGGAUCCCAUCCAAUCAGCUGCUGAUGAUCGUUCAAAAAGCGAUGUUGGACAACAAGGCAGCGAUCCAUGAACGAGCUUGGAACGCCUUGGAUUGGCAAGCCUUAGCGCAGCACCACUUUGCUCCCGAGGCGACGACCGAGUCCUUGCGGCAGGUGGUGGCGCUCCAUGGCAGAAGCAAGCGCUAUGGCCUACUUUCGGCCUGGGGCACUGCACUCUUGGGACGAAACCCGCCGGAGGAUUCGACCAAACCCGCGCUCGUUUGCAACAUCUCCAAUGACCGCUUGGAUACCAAAUAUUUCGAGCACUUCGCAGAUGAACCCUCUUAUGCCCUCUUCUCGCCGUCGCCGCUGAACACGGUGCCAGUGCCGCAGGACACGAUGCAGGCAGCCAUGGCGCGCCACCCGCACUUGGCCCGAAAGCUUUGGAGACUCAAAGAGCCACCAGAAGGCAAUCCCUUCGCUGGGCUCUUGCGGAGCUAUGGCCUGGAUCAGAUUUCACUGACCUUCCAAAUUCACCUGAUGCUGCUUUGCAUCUUCUAUGGCGAAGGGCGAGGGCUUUGGAGCGGCAUGGAUCUGGAGGUCUUUGAGGUGGGUGGUGGCUACGGGUCAUUGGUGUGGAUGGCUUCCAAAGCGAAGCUCUUUGGUUUUUCAGAGUUGGGCUUUAAAAGCUGGAGCGUCUUUGAUUUGGAGCAUGUGAGCGCCUUACAGGCGUGGUACUUGCAAGAAACGCUGCCCAAGAACAUCCACUUGGAGCGCUUUUGUGCUCGUGGGAUUGCUGUCCCACGUGGCUACUUGUCAAGUUACUUGUCAAGUGCCUUGGUGGAACUGGAUCAUCGGGACGAAUCGCUCCACGCGAGAUGGAAUGGGAUUUGGUCAGAGAGCCACCGACAUCUCUUUUUCCUCAUCCAAACCAGAGAUUUGGUCAGCUGGGAUCUGUUUUGCAUUGAAUGACUCCCAUCCAAACUCUCUCAGUCGUCGCACGUGAAGCGGCCGGUGCAUUGCCUUGCACGCCAAACAUGGUCUCGUCGUCCGGCCGAGUCCGAGUGAAGGCGGGGGCAUCCCCAAGGAGCAGUCCUGCUCUGCGCUGCACCAAGGAGCAGGUGAGCAGGUGCCUCGCUUCUUUCGCAUGGACGAAUGCCAUCCAACAGAGGUUGAAUGACCCGAACUAGACUAUCCCAUAGGUACCCCAGUAGGGUCCUAUAAGGUCACUUAACCUCUCUUGGAUAAUGCCAUGCAUUGGUUGACCCGGAUGUUCCAAGGUCCUCCCAGCCACGCUCCUGAGCAGCUGGGCUGCACAGGAGGUGUUGGAAUGAGGCUCUUCCAAGACCGUGAGCUGGUCGUGCUGCACAGGGCGACCAUGCAGCGGGAGUGAGGAUGUGGAAACUGCCACGUCCCGUCGCGCCGGUGGUGCGGCUCGUGCAGACUAAGCUCAAGGACCUUUGGCUCUACAGCUACCGCACGAGUGUGUCGGUGCCCAGUUCUGUGCGUGUGAUGAUCGCCAGCUUUAGCUGGACUGAGUGCGAGAUGGAGGAGUUCUUGUGGUAUUUCAACCACAUCCUGCCCCUCUGCGACUAUUUGCUUCUGGGCUAUUCCACGAACUGGCCGCAAUUUGCGUUGAAAUACUCCUUGAUUCUGCAGCAUAUGACUCCCAUGGAGGAAUAUGCCAUCACAGACGUCGAGUUCAUCAGAUUGAUGAAAACAACAAAUCCACA